AUGACAAAGCUUGUUACACUUAACAACGGAAUUAAAAUCCCCCAGAUUGGAUUUGGAUGCUGGAAAGUGCCAAACGAAAUUUGUGCCGAUCAGAUUUAUCAGGCUAUAAAAUCUGGUUACAGGCUUUUUGAUGGAGCUACAGAUUACGGAAAUGAGAAGGAGGUUGGUCAGGGGAUCAAAAGGGCCAUCACAGAUGGAAUUGUCAAAAGAGAGGAUCUCACUAUUGUGUCGAAGCUUUGGAACUCAUAUCAUUCGCCAAAGAAUGUGAAACUUGUUGUAAAGAAGAUUCUUGGUGAUUUGGGCUUGGACUAUUUGGAUGUGCUCUACAUGCAUUUCCCAAUUGCUCAAAAAUUCGUUGAAAUCGACCAGAAGUAUCCACCAGGUUUUUAUUGUGGAGAACAAGGCUGGGAUUUUGAAGACGUUCCAAUAUCAGUCACAUGGAGUGCGAUGGAGGAUUUAGUGCAUGCUGGAUUAGUUAAAUCGAUUGGAAUUUCGAACUUCACGGGUGCAUUGAUCCAGGAUCUUCUCAGGGGCUGCCGGAUUAGGCCUCAAUUACUCCAAAUUGAGCACCAUCCAUACCUCGUUCAGAAGAAUUUGAUUAAGUGGGUCCAGGCACAGGGAAUAGUUGUGGUUGCCUAUUCAUCUUUUGGUCCGCAGUCGUUUAUUGAGCUUAACAGUAAGACAGCCCAGGACACUCCACCUCUUUUCACCCAUCCAACCAUUAAAAAGAUUGCUGCUGCACAUAGUGCUUCGACUGCACAAAUUCUUCUAAGAUGGGCAACGCAGAAUGACAUUUGCAUUAUCCCAAAGUCUUCCAAGAAGGAACGGCUUCUGGAAAAUCUGCAAUCGGACUCCUUUGACUUGACGGAUGAGGAAUUGGCGGAAAUAGACCAUUUGGACCAGAAUUUGAGAUUCAACGAUCCUUGGGAUUGGGUUCAGGGAGAUAUCAAGAAGAAAAUUCCAACUUUCCUAUGA